AUGAGGGUGUUCGAAUCGCUCAACUGCAUUGUUUGCAAGGAACCGUUUGCUCGAGUUGCUAAUCAACCUCGAUCUCCACGACCUUUGAACUGUGGAUUGGCGAUGUGCAGCGAAUGUUUCGAGAAAGAGAAGAGAGAAUUGCGCAAAGAAAAGAAAAAUCAUCAAUGUGGCCUUUUUAAUUGCUUCGAUAACCUCAACGUUGCCUAUUUUUUGAUUGAUCUUUUGUCACAAGAAAGCGCUUUGGUGUUUACUCCAAUGGGAUAUUUGCUUGUGAAGCCUUUCAAAAUUCCGGAAUGUCCAAUUUGUCUUGAUGAAUCAUGGAUACGCUCUCUCCUCUCGAUAAACGGAAAGAUCAAUUUCAUGACUUUC